AUUUUAGUCUGGUGGAAAAUUGUAUUUAUCAGGAUUUCUUACACAAAUAAUGAUGCUUAGAAAUACCUUAAAAAUAUUAUCACAAAAAAUUAAAUUGCCAAAUGCAUCAGAGAGCGUUCGAAAUCUACAUAAAGCUACUGCUGUAUUUGCCAAAAAGCCGGCAGGAGAAAAAUCUAGUGACGUAAAAGAUUCAAAUGAAAAUAAAGAAGAAGCAAGUCAACCAACGCCUCCGCCACUAAUUUUAGUUGAAGCAGAUGGUCCCAUAACUUUAAUAGGCAUAAAUAGACCUGAUCAUAGAAAUGCUGUUAAUGCUGAUACUGCUCAUGCUCUAUGUGAAGCGUUUUCUAACUUCGAAAAUAAUGAAGAAUCUACUAUAGCCGUUUUGUAUGGAGUGGGAGGGUCUUUCUGUUCAGGAUAUGACAUUCAUGAAUUAGUUUCCGGGGAUAAUAUUAGCACUGAUUUACUAAUGUUACAAGAAGGAUCUGUGGGACCGACCAGAAGACAUUUAAAAAAGCCCGUAAUAUGUGCUAUCAAUGGUUAUUGUGUUGCAAAUGGCUUAGAAUUGGCUUUAAUGUGUGAUCUUCGUGUUAUGGAAGAAAGUGCCACUUUAGGGUUCUUUAACAGACGUUUUGGUGUGCCAAUAAUUGACGGUGGUACUGCAAGAUUACCCUCCAUGAUAGGUUUUUCAAGAGCUUUAGAUUUAAUUUUAACUGGUCGACAAAUCAAUGCUUCGGAAGCUCAUCAAAUGGGCUUAGUAAACAGAGUAGUCGCUACUGGAACUGCUUUAGGUCAAGCAGUGAACUUAGCUGGUUCAAUAGCGAAAUUUCCUCAAGCUGCAUUGAAUCAUGACAGAAAUUCUUUAUAUUCGGCUACUUUUGAAUCACACAAUUUUAAUCAAGCUAUACAAAACGAAAUAAUGUACACAAGCAAAGAAAUUCUAGAAGAAAUGGAAAUAGGAAUCAAAAAGUUUAGCGAAGGUAAAAUACGAGGUACAGGUACCGAAAAUGUUAAAGAAAAAUCUAUGGCAGACUGGGAAAAAGAAGAAAUUGCAAAAGAGGAAGAAACAAAAAAUAAGGAUAAAAAUAAUUAAAUACUCUUAUAGAAAUAAUUAAAUAAUAAAUUAUUUAAAAAAGAACAAAAUUUUUCAAAAAGAAGUCAAAACGACCAAAACUGUAUGCUCAUUUAAUUUUUUGCCACAUCUUCGAAAUAAAACUUAAUUCCGUGAAAUUCUAAAAAUCCAUUUCAUAAUUUUUCAAUAAAAUAUUUGCCAAUAUGAAAAUUAAAUGAGCCUUAUAAUUUUUGAGCUACAACUUUAAACUUAGCACAUACUAAAAAAUCACUGCAGUCGUUCAGUAUGGAGUAAGGGAAUUAUUUUGUGCAGAACAUGGCAUUUAUAAAUUGGCUUCCUUGAGAAAUAUUACCAAGGAUUUACCAAGCUUACAAAAAGGAUCUGACUCUUUAUACAUAUUUUUUUUAAAACACCGUUUAUAAUUUUUGAGCUACAAAAUAAAAAUACAUUUCAUCAAUAUUUUUUACGACCACUCUAUGUGAAUUAAAAUUUAUAAGUUACGCUACACUGUAGUCUUGUAUCCAAACACGAAUUUUUAUUUUAUAAAUACAUACAUAUCCAAAGUUUUCAGUUCUAUCCAGAAAAUCAAUCAUAUAGGUUUUUUUGCUCAUUUGCAGUGAAACUUACCCAAGUUCAAUAAUUUAACUUGAUGUUUGUAUGUAUGCGCAUAUGUAUGUAUAUUUAUGUACAUAUUAUAACGUUUG